GCCCCUUCUUUAAGUAAGAGUCGACAGGUUGCAUCAACACUACAGCAUGCUGUUUGUGUGAUCCCGGUAGAUUUAUUCUGGGGAAUUGCCAAUUUCAAAUACAUUCUUUUAUAGUUUCCCUUUGUUGCAUGAGACAGACUUUUGGUGCUUAGCUCACCAUCAACACGCAAGCCACAAUGGAGAAAGGAGAUAAAGCUGAUAUCACCUUGGAGCGGAAGAGUACAGCCAAGCUAGAUGAACUUCUGAGCAUUGAAAAGCAGAUGCAAGAAAAAUGGGAAACAGAGAAAAUAUUUGAGGUUGAUGCUCCAAAGCCAGGAUCAAAGGAUGCCUCCCAAGAGAAGUACAUGGUGACUUUCCCAUUCCCAUACAUGAAUGGCAGAGCGCAUUUGGGCCACACCUUCAGCCUGUCCAAGUGUGAGUUUUCUGUGGGAUACCAGAGGAUGCUUGGCAAAAAAUGUCUCUUUCCUUUUGGCCUGCACUGCACAGGAAUGCCCAUCAAGGCAUGUGCUGACAAGCUGGAUAGAGAAAUGAAAGAUUUUGGCUACCCACCUGUGUUCCCUGUUGAGGAAAAGAAAGAAGAGCCUGCACCGAAAGAGAGUGAGAUUGGCAAGGAUAAGUCCAAGUCAAAGAAGAGUAAAGUAGCUGCUAAGACUGGUGGCCUGAAAUACCAAUGGCAGAUUAUGGCUGCUAUGGGCAUGACAAAUGAGGAGAUCAAGAACUUUUCUGACCCUAUGUACUGGCUUAAUUAUUUCCCCCCUCACUGGAUCAACGACCUGAAACGCAUGGGGGUUCGGGUGGACUGGCGACGGACUUUCUUAACCACAGAUGCCAACCCGUACUUUGACUCCUUUGUCCGUUGGAAUUUUAUUAGACUGAAGGAGAGAAACAAGGUCAAGUUUGGCAAAAGGUACACAAUCUUCUCCCCCAAAGACAACCAGCCAUGUAUGGACCACGACAGAAGUGCUGGAGAGAAUGUUGGCCCCCAGGAGUACACUUUGAUCAAGAUGAAGAUGAAAGCGCCUUUCCCAGCAAAGUUCGACUCCCUGAAGGGGCGGAACGUGUUCCUGGUGGCGGCCACUCUGAGGCCAGAGACCAUGUUUGGCCAGACCAACUGCUGGGUCCACCCAGACCUCAAGUACAUAGCCUUCCCCGUCAAGGGAGGAGACGUGUUCAUCAGCACACACCGCGCAGCGCGCAACAUGUGCUACCAGGACAUGACACCCGAGUAUGGCAAGGUGGAGGUGCUGGUGGAGCUUGUCGGGCAGGACAUCAUGGGUGUCCCUCUUGAGGCUCCACAGACCAGCUACAAGACCAUCUACACUCUCCCUAUGAUGACUAUCAAAAAUGACAAAGGAACGGGUGUGGUCACCAGUGUGCCCUCUGAUGCUCCGGACGACUUUGCUGCUCUGAGGGAUCUGAAAAACAAAGCUCCUCUUAGGGAAAAGUAUGGAAUCACAGACGAGAUGGUGAUGCCGUUUGAACCGGUUCCCAUCAUCGAGGUGCCGGGCUAUGGCAAUCUGUGUGCGGUGACCGCCUGUGAGCGUUACAAGGUGGUCAGUCAGAAUGACCGGGACAAGUUGGUGGAGGCCAAGGAGGACACCUACAAGAAGGGCUUCUAUGAAGGGGUCAUGCUUGUGAAAGGAUAUGAAGGCAAAAGUGUUCAAGAUGUGAAGAAGCUGAUCCAGGCUGAGAUGAUUAAAAAAAAUGAAGCUGUCCUGUACAAAGAACCAGAGAAGCUGGUGGUCUCUCGCUCUGGGGACGAGUGUGUCGUGGCUCUAUGUGACCAGUGGUUCCUGGACUACGGGGAGAAGGUGUGGCGCGCAGAGGCUGAGAAAUGUCUGGCAGACAUGAACACGUUCUCAGAGGACGUACGCAACAAUUUCCUGGCCGUGCUGGACUGGAUGAAAGAGCACGCAUGUUCUCGUUCCUACGGCCUGGGCACUCUGAUGCCCUGGGAUGAGCAAUACCUCAUCGAGAGUCUGUCCGACUCCACCAUCUACAUGGCUUACUACACAGCAUGCCACCUGCUGCAAGGUGGGGUUUGGGACGGGUCGAAGCCGGGACCUGCCAAUAUCAAGCCUGAGCAACUGACUCCAGAGGUCUGGGACCACAUCUUGUACAAGGAGAAGCCUUACCCUGCUUCUUGUGGCAUUCCCAAGGAAACCCUGGAUCAUCUGAGGAGAGAGUUCCAGUACUGGUACCCUGUGGACGUGCGCAUGUCAGGCAAAGACCUCAUUCCAAACCACCUGACCUACUUCAUCUACGGCCAUACAGCAAUGUGGCCUAAUGAGAGCUCCAAAUGGCCGAAAGGCAUCAGAGCCAAUGGCCAUCUACUCAUCAAUUCUGAAAAGAUGUCCAAGUCAACUGGGAACUUCCUCACUUUGACUGAUGCUAUCGGCAAGUUUUCUGCUGAUGGUAUGCGUCUGUCCCUGGCUGAUGCGGGCGACCAUGUGGAUGACGCCAACUUUGUGGAGCAGAUGGCGGAGGCGGGUCUGCUGCGUCUGUACGGGCUGGUGGAGUGGGUGCGUGAGAUGAUCGCCACCAAGGACAGCCUCCGCUCGGGGCCAGAGUCUUCCUACACCUUCAAUGACAAAGUCUUCCUCAGCGAGAUGAACAAGUCAGUUGAAGAGACUAAAGCAAACUAUGAUGCGUAUCUUUUCAAGGCAGCUCUGCGAACAGGCUUGUUUGAAUUUCAGGCAAAGCGUGACCGGUAUCGAGAGCUGGCCAUGGAGGGUGUGCACAGAGACCUGGUGUUCCGGUACAUUGAGCUGCAGGCUCUGCUCAUGUCUCCCAUCUGUCCCCACAUCGCAGAGUACAUCUGGGGACUGCUGGGCAAGAAGGAGAGCGUGAUGCAUGCGUCGUGGCCCCAGGCUGGCCCCAUUGAUGAGAAGCUGAUCGAAGCCGCGCAAUACCUCUCGGAGGCUGCACAUGAGUUCCGGCUACGCAGGAAGGCAGCCCUGAACCCAGGCAAGGGCAAGAAAGUUGUGUCUAUACCGACGCACGCUGUGAUCUGGGUGGCCAAGACCUACCCUCCUUGGCAGAACACAGUCCUGACCACUCUGAAGAAGCUGUAUCAGGCAAACAACAAGAGUUUCCCAGACAACAAAGUCAUUGCUCAUGAGUUCAAAGAUAAGGCAGAGCUGAAAAAAUACAUGAAGAAACUCAUGCCUUUUGUGCAGGUGGUGAAGGAGAAUGUGGCGAAGCUGGGUCUGAAGGCUCUGGCCUUGACCUCUGAGAUCGAUGAGCAGGAGAUUCUCAAGCUGAGUCUACCAUACCUGAUGAACACUCUGGAGGUUGAAGGUAUUGAGAUCAAGUCCUCCGACGAUGCCGAUGAGAAAGUGAAAGAGGACUGCUGCCCUAGCCAGCCCUUCAUCACCUUCAAGACUGAGCCCUCAGUGCAGCUGACCCUGCUCAACAACCAGCCCUUCAACGGCCUCUUUGAGCUGAAGCUGGACAUUUUCGAGGGAGAUACUGUCGCACAAGUGGCCAACCGCAUCGCUAAACAGGAGCGGUCGAAAGUCAAAGAUUCAUCAGCUUUGAGGUUCCUGAGAUAUGUGGAUCCUGAGGCUGGCUCUAGGAAAAUUCCGGACAUGAAUCGUCCAGAGGAUUCGAAAACAGAAUUGAAAGCGGACGCUGUCUUUCACAUCAACAAGGAGGCGGGGACUGUCACUGUGUCUGAGAAUGGCUCCAGUAUUCCCCUUGGCCCCAAACUGGUCUAUAUGUUGAGCUAGUGCUAUUGUUCCUCGUGUGCUAGUGUUUGCAUCUGUUCAAGAUGAUCCCUAUGUUCAACCAAGAUGAGAAUUGGUUUUGGUUUAAAUGGAUCCAACGUUAUAGCAAUUUUAACAGUGCUUUUCUAAUAGGUGCACUUUGUAUUAGCUUUCUGUGGGAGGGGUGGGGGUUAGUUUUUUAAAUCGAUAAUUUUAGUUUUAGCCUUUUGUCAAUUCUUUAUCUACGUGGGGGGUAAACCCACUGUGCAGAAGCUCCUUUUUUGUACUAAAUCUAAAAAUGACGAAAACGUCACUAAAUUGGUCAAUAAAUCAAAACAAUCGAACCUAUUUCGAUGGUUCUUCAUCUAAUGAAUGAAAUCCUGAUAAAAGAGACCUGUUUUCGGCAAUUGCCAAAAAGUAAUUUGAUGUCAAAGUCGUCUUAAAGGAAUGUGCCCGAUCCGCUGUCAGCGGCUCACCGGCACAGCAGUUCUGACCGCAAGCCGCUUGGAGCAGCUUGCCGGAGAUAAAGAGUUAUGGGUUUCCCAAACCAGAGGAAUUGACAUGUUAUAGGUUGUUUUAGUUGGGACAUUAUAAAGCAGUGGAUAGUAUUAGACUUGCUGAUUUUGUGGUCAGUUUCAUGAAGUAGGGUGAAGUACUCUCUUGGUCCAGGAUAUUUAAGCGACAGUGAUAUUGAGAUAUGAUGAAAUUUUUUCUUGAUUUGUUUUAGCUUGUAAUGUUUAAUUUUCAUCUGGGUUCAUAUAUUUUGUCAUAUUACCAAAAGAUGAUUUGCCUAUUCUGUGAGAAUUGAGAAUGUGCCCACUGACUGAAUGAAUAAUGUACUUAGACUUUCUUGAUUUUUCCUUUAAACUUUGUUGGUUGAAAUUAGUUAUGCCUGAUCCAUCUAGCAGUACUUUCUCCUUAGACAUCUGACUCAACAUUUUUUUUUUUUAAUUUUGGUAAAAUAAUCUGUGCUCAAGAUACAUGCUUUUGAGUCUUGUGCGUUUGUUUAUAUAGAGUAGAGGCCAUGGACUUAUCAUUAUUAGCUGCACUUCCAUUUUAAAAAAUGUUUUGCCUUAGUUUAUAUUUUUUAUUGUGUUACGGUAUUGCUCUUCGUCCCUGUCUCUGACUGUAAGUGGCUGAAACAGGAUAAAGAGAUUUUAUGCCAAGCCCUCCUCCUCCUCUUUGGGGGUUCCAGUAGCCAAGUGAUUAUUAGCACAGGAACUCAAAUAAUGACCAUGGGGUCAGGGGUGUGGAGGAUGACGAAAAUUUUAGGAAAUAGCAACACCAACCACACACCAUGCCAACACAAACAGGGAAUUGAACCAGAACUCUUCCGCAAGAGGCAAGCACCUUGUCUCUUGAUGAAUUAGUUUUUUCUUGCUCUAUUGUCCCAUUUUUAAGCUCAAGUUUGCCAUCAGUAGUCUUCAGUGUUCAAUUGUUGGUAUUUCUUAAUAUAUAUAAUGGCUAAAUGUUUUGGUUCUCUAUUUUAAUUUUGUUUCUGCUUUGCUAGAUUAAUGUAAGAUUUGCUUGUUACUGUUUAGGCGUUUUUAAUAUUUUUUCCAAUUUAUUUUAAUUUUGCCUUAAAUUUUUGGACCCGGAACUUCAGUAAGUUAAAUUCUCUCAUUGUCCAAUUUUCCACAGUAUGUCUCUCUCUCUUUCUCUCUCUCUCUCCCUCCCUCCCUCCCCCUCUCCCACACUCUCUCCCUCCCCUGCACUCUCUCCCCCCCUCUCCCGCACUCUCUCUCUGUUUACCUUUCUUCAUGUAUCCAUUUCUUCUGUCCUUUUUUUUCGGAGAGCACAGGCUGAUAGAACAGUGCCCUUGCCCGCCAGUGAUGUCUUGCUUUAUUUCUGUUGGAGUGAAAUAGUGAGAGCCGAAUGUGCCACAUUUCGCAUGAUGUUCUUUGUGUAUGUAAAACAAUAAAUUAUUUUUCCUCCAUACAUAAAUA